GGAUUCCAUCGUUGACCAGAUGAAGCGGCUGCAGGAGGCCUAUAACUACCAGUUCCUGGAGCGGCGGCCGUUCUCGUACGACGACUCGCGCAUGGCCAUGAUCGAGGCCUGGCUCGCCAACAACCGGAUAUCCAUGCUGCAGCGCAUGGAGAAGAUCGGAAAUGACGUGCAGGUGUUCAACGCGGCCUCCCCGCCCCUGACCAACACCAUCGUGUUGCGCCGCCGUGACCUCGCGGCCGACUUCGCCCGGUUCGAUAACGGCACCGAGCUGCCCUUCGUCAUCAGCGGGGCGGAGGCCCUCCUGGCGCCGAUGACUCACGUGCACAUGACCGAUGUCAAGGCCUGGAUCCCCGGCGUUCGCACAGAGGACCGCCGUGUGAAGGUCUGGCUCAAACGGUACGGCACGUCCCUGGUGUACGACCAGCAGGGAGGGAUGUGGACUUUUACGCAUGCGCCCCGCACCAUGCUGUUCCACUACAACACCGACAGUCUGCAGGUAUAUUCAAAGGCCGACAUCCACCAGCCCAGCAGCGACUACGUCACGCUGAGUCCCAUUGGCCCCUGGACCCUGGCCGUGCCGCGGGAGCACAACCCGGGGGUGGACGUUACCGCGGUGCGGGAGAUCCGCCUGCAGCUCACCCUCACCUUCCUGCCGUGCGCUCAGCCCGUCUGCCCGCCCCGCACAAGGGUCAACUUCACGGAGGCCGGCGGGAGCUCCACAGCCGAGUUCCGGGUCCAGGACACGGCGGAAGAUGUCGGGCCCGGCUCGGCCGCCUGGGUUGUGGCGGUGCUGGCGGUGCUCGCUGUGCUGCUAGUUGCGGGGUUGCUGUACGUUCGUAAGAGGCGUUCAGCACAGGCUCACCUCCCGGGGCACAGCGAGACAACACCGCUAACAGCCAACACGGCUGUGUGAGCCUGUACCAGAAAAAAACAUCGGCGAUGGAAACAAACAGCUUUCAAUGUUUAAUGUGGUUAAUUAGAGAUCGUUUCGCCACCUUGUCGGUUCGUCACAGUCAUUUCGCCAUAUGACAAGUCGUCAAUGCUAUAUGAUGAAUAAAAGUUAUUGAUAACUUUGCUUACCUUAGCAUACAUGUUUACUUACCAUUUACUUACAUGUUACUUACCAGUUUUCAUACUACUACGCAGAGCGUAAAGAUAAACUAUAUGUUUGAAAGAUUA